AUGUGGGGUGAAAUCGACCCUCCCGUGAAAACACAGCCGAGUUCGUUUGAGAGUGAAGACAAGAGUGAAUUACCAGAAGAACCGGCGACACCGUCCCCGAAAUGCGACCUUUACCGCCCCACAGAGAGCCAGCAGCCACGACAAGACGGCCAGUGCGGGAGCCAGGCUGAGUCCCAGUGUGUAAAUGACAUGGUGGAGGCCAUAGCCAGGAGUGGAAGCCCGGUGAAGAGCCAGCAGAUAGGAGAGGCUGAACUGACCCUAGAGGAGCGCAGAGAGGAGCUGCUGCAUCAGUACAGGACCAGACCGCUGGUGUUCCUGGAGAGGUACCAUACCUGUCUCAGGCCCCAGAACCUGCCAGCGUUCGCCCACGUCUGCUCAGAUCCAAGGGCUCAGCACUACAGCAAAGUGAUACAGAGGCGAGCCGCGGCAUGCACCAACAGGACCAGGGUUCGAAACCAGCGCUACGCUGCCCUCAGGGCCCUGCAGUCGGAGGGUCAGUAUUUCAGUGAGGAGCAGAUGCGGAUGAGGGAGCCGUUGCUGUAUGAACAAUAUAUUGGCCAGUACCUGACGGAUGAUGAGGUGUUGGAGCGCUCCCAGGAGGCCAUGCAGGACGGUGCACAGCAGGGACCAGGGGCACCAGCGGGAGGCACAGGAGGGCUCGCUCACCUCCUCCUCAACUCCUACCAGGAGCGUCUCAUCCAGAGUCGUCUGCAGGAGGAGCAGGAGAGAGAGGAUGGAGCACAGGAGGAGGAGGAUGAAGAAGACGAUGAUAAUACCGUCCAGCAGCAGGACUGGGAGCCCAACGCUGAGGAGAAGGCUCUGCUCAGGGAGGAGUUCAUCAGUCAGAUGCACCAGCGCUUCUUAGAUGGCAAAGACAAGGAUUUCAACUACAGUGAGGUGGAUGAGAACCCAGACUAUGACAACUUGGACAUAGUCAGUAGAGAUGCGGAGGAUAAGUACUUUGAUGACGAUGAUGAAGAUGAGGUGGAAAAUGAUGAAGAGGAAGAAUAUAUGACUGAAUAGUGGCUGUAGUAAUAACUCUCAAACACUCUGCUCUGACUCAACUGUAAAUACAAAUGUACAAAAUAAGUGUUAUAUAUAUUCAAAUAAUUUGUUACACAUGCAAACAUAGCGGGUAAUAAAUACUGUUUUAGAGUCUUU